AUGAAGUCGCGACCUCAGCAUCCCGCAUUCUACCGGUCGCGCCGCCACAUUUGGCCCACCAGCUCCUCGGAGUCGAGCAGUGGCUGGGCGAGUCGAGUCUGCCCGAGUCCGGCUCGGUCGAAUUGCAACGAGCUCUGGAAGGUCUGGCAGGCCGUCGGUCUCCUCCUGGGCGUCGGCUGGCUCUGUACCAUCGGCCUUCAGCGCUAUCUGCAAGUGAAGGCCCAGGCCUACCACCCCAGAUUCGGCCUGGCCUGGGACGAGGGGUUCACACUCAACCUGCAACUGGCCUGCCUGCUGGCGGGUCUCAGUCUGGUCCCGGGGCUCGUGUACACGUUGACUGUGAAGACGAGCCACUGCGCCAACGACAGCGUCCUCCUCGGCCAGGACACCCGCCAUUUGCAUAAUCUGAGCGCCGUGGCCGCCGCCUUCAGGGCGAUUUCGCGCUCCGACAGGACCGAUCUGGCCCACACCGACGCCUCGUCAGCCGGUUGGGUCUGCCCCACAUCGACGCUUCUUCCGCCGCCACCGCCGCCUCCAUCUUUUUCUUCGUAUCCACCACCGCCGCCGCCGUCGUCCUUCUCCAACGGCCACCUCUCUGCCGCUUGGCAGGCCAGCGAUGAGGAGGAAAUCGGCCACCUCCUCCUCCUCUCCCAGCACAACGGCUGUUUGGCUCGACUGCGACGACACGUCAGGCCGUUUUCGCUACUCAUCUUCCUCUGUAUCGUCUACCUCUUCCUCACGCCGGUCGUCUUUCUUGAGGCCGAGCAGAUCAAGCAUGAGGCCAUAGAACCGCGUAAGUCGGGCCCUAUUCCACCCUCCUGA